AUGACAGUCGACUUUGACGCCCCUGGAAACGUGGUCAAGCGGCCCUCGUCGCUCGCCCAUGUUUUCCUCCGAACCAACAAGUUCCAAGAGAUGGUGGAUUUCUACAAGAAAUUCACCGGCGGCGAAGCCCGCUUUGAGAGCAGCAAGAUCUCCUUCAUCUGCUUUGACGAGGAGCACCACCGCAUCGCUGUCGCCGCUAUCCCUGGCACGACCGACAAGAUGCAGACCAGCGCCGGCCUCGAACAUAUCGCGUUCAGCUACCCGACUCUCGAAGACCUCGCGCUGGCGUAUCGUCAGCGGAAACAGCUGGGUAUGACCCCGACGUGGAGUGUCAACCAUGGCAUCACGACUUCGAUCUACUAUGAAGAUCCCGAUGGUAAUCGGCUGGAGACCCAGGUGGACAAUUUUGACGAUAAUGAUAUCGCAACGGAGUUUAUGAUGUCGCCGGAGUUCAGAACGAAUCCCAUUGGGACAGAUUUUGAUCCGGAGGAUUUGGUGAAGAGGCUGCAGUCAGGGGAGAGUGAGGCGUCGAUCAAAAAGAGGGAAGAGACAGGAGCAAGGGGAUUGCCGGCGCAAAUGAAGUGA